CUCCGCCCCUCCCCCCCCCCUCCUUCCUCUCCUAGUUGCCUGUCGCGUCGUCGUCCCCUGCGUCGCGCUCGUGCUGGUCCAUUUGCUCCGGAGAAUCCACACCACUGUCCCCCCCUCCCCACUCUCCCCCUUCACAAACCACUACCACCAUCACCACCGCUGCAGCAGUUUAGCAGCACCAGUAGCAUGUCCUCUGCCGCUUCUCCGAACCUUGCCCAGCCUGCGGGCCACGCAGACCAGGCGUGUCAGUACUGCCUGUCGCAGCCGUGUGUUAUUGCCCAGGGCCCGGCCCUGCGAGCCUGGUGCCCGGUCUGGCUUAAGACCCAGGCCCAGGGCAAGAUCGAUGCCCAGGAGUGGGAGGCCGCGUCCACGCUGCUGCGCGGGGCCCUGUCCAGCAUCUUCCUGCGCCCGGGCGACACGACCCUGCGUCCGGAACUCUUCCGCAUGCUGACCGAGACGCUGCGCUCGAUGGGCAUUGUUGAGGAUAUUUCCAGCCUGGAUCUCGAUGGCUCCUGUUGCGACGGUUGCCGGCGCAAAAAGUGCAUCCAGGCCCCCUCCUGCCAGGCCUUCAAGCUGAUGAGCUCGGUCAUGUACUCCACCGACCAGUCGGCCGCCUUCAAGGAUGCGGCGGCCGUCUUCAAGCUUGCUCCCUGGAUGGUGUCACAGGUGCCGAAGCCGGCUGGGCCCGGGCUCUCGGCCCCUGAGAGCCCUGUGCCGGACUUCCUCCCCCGGCUGCUGAACCUGCUGGUGGUGGCGGCCGCCUCGCCGCGGACCCCGCCCAACCGCUCGGCGGUCCUCUUCCGGACGUUGGCCCUGGUGGCCGAGUCGUCGCCGGUGGCCGGGCGCCUGGUGGCCGAGGCCCUGGUCCCGGCGCUGGCCUUCCCCGACUCGCUGGAUCUGAGCGAGCCGGCGCGCAAAUUCGCCUCGGCUCGCCUUCUGCCGGUGCUUUCCCUGCACCAGUCCUUCACGGGGCCCAAGGAUGGCUCCCUGCCGGAGACCACGUACACGGUGGCCGCCCUGGCCGCACAGGGGGCCCUGUCGGCCGUCCUGGCGCACAGCGUGGCCCACCUGUCCGAUGACAUCCUGGCCGACCGGGACCUGAGCAAGCGCCUGGUCGAGCAGCGCGGGCAUGAUCCCCUGUAUCGGGACUUCCCCAUCCACUUGAUUUCCCUGCUGGAGAUGCUCUUCAUCUUGGACUACCCGGCCCUGGUGUCCGCCCUGCGCGAGCUGACCCUGGCCGAUGUCGAGGGGCUGGGCCUGCUUGUGGGCGAUGGGGCCGAGAUCGAUGGGAUCAUCACCUCGGAGGGUGGCCAGGCGGCCGGCGGCCGGAAGCCCGGCCCCCGGUCCAUGGCCCUGCCGGUGUUCGUGGACUUCCCGGUGGACUUGGCCGCUCACCGGUGGGCCUGCCUGGCGGCCCGUGAGCCGGCCCUGGCUUCGGGGGUGACCCUGCUGGCCCGGGCCGUGACCCCGUCCAUCACGGACGAUCCUCUUUGCCAGACGUACGCCGCCAACCUGGUGCAGUACAUCCUGGCGACUCCGGUUUUCUCGCUGCUCCUGCGCUUUGCCAGCCUGGGCACGCGGCCGGGCGAGGCUGCCCCGGCCGGGGCCGUCACCGCCCUGCCGAUGCUUCGGUCCUCGGUUUCCUACUUCUUCCGCCAGCUGGCCUCGGUGGAGGUCAUGACUGACGAUGUCAAGGCGGUCCUUGCGGACCUGCUGCGCGAUCCGAUCGACUCGGUGGAGGACCUGGCCACCAAGCAUGCGGCUCUGCGGGCGCUGGCCUGCGUGGCCGCCGGCAGCCCGGAGCUCUCUUCCGGGGUGCUUUUCUCCCAGGGCCUUCUGGACAACAUGGUGUACUCCUUCGACGUGGGCAACAUGCCGAAGCCCCUGCAGCUGUGCAUCCUCGAUGUGCUGGCGAGCUCCUCGUCGCUGAAGUCCGUUCGCCAGGCCAUUGCCGGUGGUCCAGCGGCCGGAUUGCUGCGUGGCCUGUCCCGCUCGUCGGACAUCGACUUUGUCCUUCGUGCCGUGAUCAUCCUGGCCAAGGUGGUGUCCGUGGUGCCGAAGGACCGGCGCGAGUUCCUCGGCGGCGUGGACCUCGACACCUUGGUGGUCGAUGCGCUGGAGGCAUCGUCGUCGGGCGACGCGGCGGCCACGGUCGACCGGACGGCCCAGGCCGGCGCCAUCGAGGCGCUGGUCUUCCUGUCGUCCAUGCCUCCGGUGAAGGAGCGCCUGGCCGGCAGUGAGCGCAUGCUUCGGCUCUUCCGCGAUUUGCUGGAGGGCGAGCUGUCCCGGCUUAAGGAGAAGCAGGCCACGCCGGCUGGCGACCAGUCCGGCGGCUUUGCCGCGCCGCUGGUGGACUCGCCCUUCGGCGCGUCCAAUGCCCUGGAAUACGCGGUGGCCGUCAUCAUCUUCAACAUUUCCACCUAUGCCCCGCGGCGCUCGGAGGAGAUGGAGCAGUUCAUGAAGCUGCGCGAGAUCUCCGGCGAGGGCCCUGCCAAGGUUCACCCACUGGAUGGCAGCGAGCAUGUGAAGAAGCGCGUCUCGCAGGUGGUCGAGUCCGGCCUGGUGGCCACGAUGACCAACCUGGCGGUGCACCUGGCGUCGACCUUCAACCCCGGCAAGAGCAGCUCCAUGUCCUCGGGCAUGCUUUUCCCGCUGCUGAGCCUGACGGUUCGGGUUCUGCACGCGGUGGCCACGGACCCCGCGCACCGCGGGUAUCUGGUCCAAUGCGGGGCGGUCCGGCUGCUGGUGAGCUUCAGCCAAAUGCUGCGCCUGGAAGUGCCGGGCAGUCAGCGCGUCAUCACGUACGCCAUUUCCUUCAUCGCGUCGCAUGCGCUGGCCAAGAUCGGCACCACCCUCGACCCGUCGGUGGCCUUCCCCGGGGAGCGGUCGCUGAUGCUGGUCCGGCCGCUGGUGUGGCUGCUGCGCAAUGACCAGCCGGAGGACGACUCCAAGGUGGUCAACUCGCUGCUGAGCAAGGCUGCCGAGACCAUUCAGGCCUUCGCCGACCCGAAGGACCGUGAUGGCAACUUCGGCGGUGGCAACGACUCGCUGGCCAUCUUCGAGUCGCUCCUGACCCUGGGCAACCUUGCGUCCAAGGGGGACGAUCGGAUCCAGCAGCGCCUCUUCCAGGAGAACGUGUUGAAGGAUGCCCAGGCGCUGCUCUUCCAUGACAAUGCUCGUGUGCGCUUCGCUGCCUGCGCUCUCCUCUGCAACCUGAGCUACUACCCACCGGUCUUCUCGGCCCUGGUGGAGCACAUCAACUCCGUGGACAAGCUCCGCAUCUUCCUGGCCAUGUCCAUGGCCGAUCGCGAGGAGGGGGUCGCCAAUGCGGAGCGUCUGGCGCUGGACACGCGCUCGGCCGCUGGCGGGCUGCUGGCCAUCCUGUCCAGCGCGCCGGCCGUGGCUCGGCUGCUGGCCAGCAAGGAGUCCUCCUUCCUGGACAACUCCACCGACACUCUGCUGGAGUUCGGGCCCAAGACCAUGACCCCGGAGCACAUGAGCAUCUACCAGCGUGUUCUGUACACUUUGGACUCCAUGCUGGAGGCGGACAUCUCGGUGCGCCAAGCCCCGGCGUCGGUGUUGGCGGAUCUCGGCCUGCAGGGGGCCACCGGCGCCCGGGCCACCGACGUCCGGGAGGAGAUGCGCGCUCGCACCGUCCUGCUGAAGGUGCUGAAUGCCUUUGCCCGGGCCGGUGAGCCGCGCCUGCGUGGCCUGGCCCAGUCUAUCAUGAAGCACCUUGCCUGAAGUGUGUGCGGUGAUGGUAUUAAUAUUUUUAGAUUUCCAUGGAGAGCAGUUCUCCCUGCUAGUGUACUGUUGAAAGACACCCGCGAAAGAGGAAUACAUCGUUGGG